UACAGCAUGUGUUAAAUCACACUAAGCAUUUGUUGGACUGAAUCAUUUUAAAUCCUAAAGUUUCAUUGUAGCUUUUUAUAUUUGACGGUAAUUAGCGGAAUUGCCAUCACCUGGAAUUAAAAGAAGCACCAUCUGUCAGAGGAAGUGUCCCUUUUCGACUCGGAUGGCUUCCAGGUUUGGCCAGAAGAGAGUUGGAAGAAGCUCUGAGUACUCUGGUAAUACUGUCACCUUUUACCGGCAAUACACCCAUCUGUCCAAGGAUCUGACCUCCUCCAAUGAGCUCUCCCACAGCGCCUCCUGGUGGGACGAAAGAGGGGAGCACACAGAGCAAGGAGACUCCCUCAAAGAGCAUCUAAAGGCGAUGGAUGAGCAUGCGGCCAGGCUUCAGGACAUGCUGCGAUGCGAACGGACCAAAAGCACUCGUCUGCAGCUGCGUUGCAACCAGCUGGAGGCCGAGCUGAGGCUUCGAGAGCAGCUCACCAGCAGACUGAAGGAGCGAGUCGCUCAGCAGACGGACCGACACAGAGAGAAAGGACCUUCAAUAGAGGUGUUGAACCUUCCGCCUGGAGGUCGAGGCAAAAAAGAACAGCUGAUCAAAUCCUUCAGGUCUACCGCCAAACGAGAAGAGGCCGCGCUGCGUCUGAUGCUGGAGCGCAGAGAAGCAGAGCUCAGGGAGGCGAUGAAGCUGCGCCACAGUCUCACGACUUUACUUCAUUCUCUCAGAGUCGACAUGGAGCACACGCUGUCCAACGUGGUGGAAGUCCAAACGGAGGACAAAGGGCUGGAUCAAGCUGAGAGAGCGCUGGGUGACCAUGUAACAGGAGGAGUGGUUCAGAGUUGGAGGCAGGUGCAGAGGAGACUAGCCGACGUUCCAUCUGGAGGCCACUCUGGCGUUGACACUGACCAUGACAAGCUCCUCGCUGGACUAGAAACCGAACUCAAGGGGAGCCAACAGCUCGUCAGAUUACAACAGCAGCUGCUGCAGGACAGCCUUGCCUCACCUGCCACCUCUGAACUGGCUGAUUCCUACUUUUUGGAAGAGUGGGAACGUCUUCAGGUGCGCUCGGCGGAGCUCGAUCAUCAGCGGCGGACUUUUGAAAGGGAGAGGCGGUCCUUCACCGACGCUGCCAUCCGACUGAGCCAUGAGCGCCGUGAGUUUGAGCAAAAGAAGGCCGCUCUCCUGAAGCAGCAUUAUCUGUGCGACUCACCUCUGUCUGGUAAAGGAGCCCCAAGAAGCAACACCGCCAGGCGGAGCGCAGCACUCGAUUUCUCAAGUUUUGGGCCUUCUGGCAUGUCUGACUGUCUCCCCAUUACACCGCCUUCCACCAAGUCGGGGUCGGCUACGCUUUCUGUAUCGCAUCAGGGACGAUUUGGAGUUCACACCCCGAGCACUCCCGAGCUGUACUCUGCCCUCAAUCUGUCCUACAACUGCAGUAGAGCGCUGGACGACGCGCCAGAGACCUGGGACAGCCGAGUGGACGGGAUGCUGCACACGCCACAGGCUUCACACCUAGACUGGUCUUUUUAAUGCCAUUCUGAUGAUGGCAUCAAACACAUUGCAUCUUAUUUACACUUUAAAUAUUCAAUAAAGGCUGACUAUAUUUUAAUCUGUUUUCCCCCCAUAAAUUCCUUGUAUAAUUCAAAGAGCAGUUUAUCAGUUGAAAUCAAGCCUGGCCCAUAAAGCAUUUUCCAUAAUGUUCAUAUGAUUGCUGUCGAACAUUUUUUUCUUUUGGUGCUUUUCCAUAAUAACAUUGUCUGAUGUGAAUAGUUUUAUUAAGUGAUGACAACUGUGUGAAAUAUCCCAAAGCCAUGUGCCAUGUAUUGGAUUAAACUCUCCUUUUGAUUAAAGAUA